UCGGCAAAAUGGCUGAGGUAGGUCAGAAGUUGGGCACCGGUGCUUACCGGCUUUCCACUCUCAGAAACAGCCGGAGUCGACCGGUGUGCACCGGAGAAAGUCCCGGAUCUCUGCAGGUUCACUGCACGUUCAGUGACAGUCGGUUAAAAGACGAAUGGACCCGCGAUCAACGUGACGUUCAGCCAAGAGGCAAAGCAACACAGUGCAAAUCAGAGAAACCUUCCAGAGUGAGAAGAAGUGAAAGUCAACGGGGAAAUGUGACUUUAUUUUGUGCCGCUUCUUUGGAGCUGCAAACAUCCCGUUUUAUCAGAGAGAGCCUGCAAGCUCACACAGCAGCCCUGUGCGCCUCAGCAAGACUGCAGCCUCUCCUCCAGGAGAAGCUGCUGGCCGGCCGGAUGACACCCUGGACCAGAGGAGCUGUUUCCAUCCACCCUGACACCCUCAGGUCCCCUCAGCAGCUGCGAGCUUUCUGCACUGUCAUCUUCAUUCUGGCAGAGCAGGGGUCAGAGAGACCGAGGCGUCUGAAACUACAUCCUGAUGGUAGUAGAGGCUACAGCUGGAGGAGUGACCGCAGCUCAAAAAGUGCCCCUCUGCUGCACAGAAGCAGGACGUCCUAUUACGACACCCUCAAAGUGACCCCCGGUGUCACGCAGUCCCAGAUCAAGACGGCCUACUACAAGCAGUCCUUCAUCUACCACCCUGACAAGAACCAGGGUAACGAGGAGGCCACUCAGCGCUUCUCUGAGAUCAACGAGUCCUACACAGUGCUGGGCAACAUCAGCCUGAGGAUGAAGUAUGACCGAGGUAUUCUGAGCAGGUCGGACGUUCAAAGUGCAGGGAGGCCGUCCUCCAAAGAGACUAUGAGCAGAUCCACAGGCUCCCCGCCGCCGCCGCAGCAGCAGCAUCACUAUAGAGCCAGGCGGUUCUCCAAAGCCGGGGAGAAGACCAUGUUUGAUUUUGACGCCUUUUUUCAGGCUCACUACGGGGAGCAGCUGCAGAGGGAGCGGGACAUGAAAGCCAGGAAGCAGCGCAUGCAGGAGCAACAGAAGGAGACUCUUAGCAAGUGGAGGCAGGGGAAAGUGAUGGAGAUGACCGUGGUGAUGCUGCUGGCCAUGGCAGGCUUUCUUUUUGUCAAUCUCAGCAAGCCCUGAAAUAGAAGCAGCAACCUGGUAUGCAGCAACCUAUGGGGUUGCAUGUGAGGACUCUCAGGGAGGGGGGGGGGGCUGCUACCUCGGACUGUUUUGCAAGUGUUGCACAGCUUCUGACAGUUGAAAACGAUUAUUUUUAGUGAGUUGCAGGAGUCAACAAACACCAGAUAACUGUGUCUCAUCUCUUACAGGCCAUAGAUAGGCUUCUUAUUCAUAAACUGUGUCCACUCACUCAUUGUAUCAAGACAGCAACUGAAUAUAUUUGUUUCCCUCAUGAAUAGGAUCUAAAAAGCAACAACAAACAUCACACACACACACACACACACACACACACACACACACACACACACACUUACCUACGGGUGAUUGAUCCAAAACGGUAAUCUGAAAACCUCAUAGCAGGAUGUGGAAUUAUUUAUUCCUGCAACCGUUUGAGCAUGAAGCUCCUUCAUGUGAUUCCAUAAUUAACAUUUAAUUUACUUUACAAUUUGUUUCAGAGUGACGUAAUCACAAUCUGGUAAAAGUGCAACAUGAGCAAACCUGAUGUAAACAUAUGUUUAGGUUCGGUUCUAUUUUCUAUCAACAAUUGUUCAACCAGUUGUAAAGUUACGUGUAAACAUUUAUUUAUUCACUCUCUUCCAGGAGUGACAAGUCUGAAGCCAAACAACAAACCCAAUUCGGUUCAUCCAAAUACUGCACAAGGAUGACUUUAUUAAAGUGUGUCUUCCUAUACACUGGAUCUGUUGUGUAGAAAGUUACUUUAAAGUGUGCAAUUACAAGAUCAUUAGGAAAGUAAUACACAUUUCUGUGCCUUCUUCCAGGUGUUAUAGUGUGUAUAUGUGAAUGUACUGUACAGACACAAUGCCACAUUAUGGUGACUUUUGUGUGAGGGAAACUGUAAGCAAAUCUCAUGAAACUGUGUUUUAAUCUGGUUUUAUUGAUCAAUAAUCAUAGUAAAUA